CCCGCCUGGAGUACAGUGAUCGAGUUGCUUUAAGUCAAACCAUAUGUGAGUUGCACUAAUUGCUGUAACCAUAUUGCAGAUACCACUCCAGACUUCUCUAGGCGUUUCCAAGACAGUAGUUUCUCAUGUAGUGUGAAUAUUUUCAACUGACAUUUGAAUGUUUCCACUCAGUCUGGUGUGGCUGUGAAAAGUGGAGGGUGAUAUUUUUCCUGCUAAAUUCAUGGUGAAUUUUGAAGCCUUCCUAUCAAGUGGGAUCCAUGAUAUGGCAGCAACCUACAGGCUCAUGGUCACUACUGUGAACUGCUACGGCAGCGUGGUAAUUGACCGUCACUUUCAGCACACAGUGCAUUACUGCACGGGGACUUGCCAGCUCUUUAAGCAAGAUGUUGCAUGUAUAGUUGCUCAUCAUAGUGUUUGUGCGGCGCUCAAUGUUCAAGAUGCCACCUUAGACCAUAAACUUCCUGUUUCUGAAAAUGGCUUUGCCUUGUCUGGAAAUGAGGACUAUCAGCAAAUCCUCCCAAGUAAUCCAAGGCUCAAAAAGGGAUCUUCAGCACAAGCCACUGGCAGUUUAAAAGACAUUACUGGGGAGGCAAUAAACCUUGCCAGUGGUAAAAUAAAGGAAUUCUCCUUUGACAAGCUCAAGAACUCUUCCAGUCAUGUGGCCUACAAAAAGGGGAGGAAAGUUCGAUCCGAAUCAUUCAGACAAUCUUUUGAUUUUGACUUGAUUUAUGGACACUUUAACAAUGAUGAGAAUUGCCCUCCAUGUGGCUUUUUGCAGAGCCCCUCGCCUGGGGAGAAGUGGCAGGAGAGCAAUGACUCUCCCGAAGUCGGCCUGAAUUCCAUGGCUCCCUUCACCCCGCAGUCCUCCUUAGAAGAAAACAUCAUUACCCAGAUUUUGGAAAAACACAAGCUGGAUGGGUCCUCUGGUGGAGAUAUUAAGGUGUGCUUAGACAUCCUGCUCAAGUGUUCAGAGGAUCUGAAGAAGUGCACAGACAUCAUAAAGCAUUGCAUCAAAAAGAAGUCUGCAGGCAGAGUUAGUGGAGGGAACAGCAAUGAUUCCCUGGCCAGUUCCGAAAUGAUAUAUAUGAAUCUGAUGACAAGAUUUUCUUCAUACCUAAAAAAGCUCCCCUUUGAGCUCAAGUCUCCUGGGCUCAAGGAAGCUGGUGACUUGGCAGACUUGCUUAACUGUUUCCAUGGAUUGCAGCAGGCUCCCUUUUCCACAGUAUUUGGAGAUGAGCAACCCCCCAGGUAUGAAGAUAUUAUCCAGCUACCAGCUUCAGGAACAGCUCCUCUCAGCCCGCCAGGUGACCAGGGUGACGUGACAAGCACCACUCAGUCCAGCCAAACCAGCACUUUGAGCUUGGCCUCAAACUCCCUGCCCGGUGUCACGCAGGAGAGCAGUGUGAGAGCAGUGAAAGAUGCUUGCGCUCUACCUCAGUUACCCUCCACAAGCCCUACUGACUGCACGUCUUCCACAGAGCCUCUGUACAUUGAAGAAGAAUCAGAUGGGGAAAGAGCAUUAAAGAAGGUAAAGAAAGAGGAGAAAGGCAGCUGGGAGGGUUUAGAGUGCAGCUCCCACCCAGAUGUGACUGCCAAUGUUAAAGCAGAGCAUGCUGCAGGGGGAGCUGAUGAACUAGUCCACACUUCUGAGAAAAUGACUUUCCUAAAACCAGUUUCAGAUUCUGUGCUGGGUGGUGAUGCCUCUAAAGUAGGAGAGAUGUGCAGCAAGAUGGACAAAGAUGAGAUAGACAAACUGCUCCUGGACUUGGAGUGCUUCUCGCAGAAAAUGGAGAGUACUUUGAGGGGACCCUCUCUAAAGCUGAGUGAACCUGCCCAUUUGCAGGUGUUUGACUGGCAGAGUAGGCAGGUACUACCUCUGUCCCUUGAACCUAAAAGUGAACCCAAAAGCAAACCCAUUGAUCCCCCUAACCCUUUGUCAAAAAUCAUGGAAACCAAUGGCCAUAAAAUUGAAGACGACGACAAAGCCCUCUUACUGCGGAUCCUCGAAAGCAUUGAGGACUUUGCCCAAGAGCUGGUGGAAUUCCAGGCAGGCAAAGGAAGCUUGUCCAAGGAGAAGGAGGUGAUGAGGAUUCUUCAGGAGACUUUAACCCCUCCGUCGCAGUCCCUCCUUGUAGGGCAAAAAAGCUGCACUGGGAAUACCCCCAAGGACUCCGUCCCAGCUGCGAUUCAGCAGGCCCCAGAAGUGAUCAAGGUUCAAAACAAACCAGAGAAGAAACCGGGAACUUCAACCUCAGCCCCCUUGAACUCAGUGCUUAGCCCCUGUGCUCUUCUGCCUGUGAAUAAAGCCACCAGCAGCGCCCCUUUGCCCAUAAACAUUCCACGUUUCUACUUCCCCAAAGGACUUCCGAGUGCCUGCACUAACCACGAGGAGGUCAUCGCCAGGAUUGAAGAAGCCUUUGCAGAGUUUGAAGAUGAGAAAGCAAAUGUCUGUGAAAUGGGGAAAAUUGCUAAGAUCUGUGGCUGCCCACUGUACUGGAAAGCACCUAUGUUCAGUGCAUCAGGAGGGGAAAGGACAGGACGUGUAUCUGCACACUCCUUUGUAACCAUGUGGAGAAAGGUCCUACGUAACUGUCAUGACGAUGCGUCCAGGUUCACGUACCUUUUGGCGAAGCCCAGCUGUGACUGCCUAGAGCAGGAGGACUUCAUCCCGCUGCUUCAGGAUGUAGUGGAAACACAUCCUGGCCUGACGUUCCUGAAGGAUGCUCCGGAAUUUCAUUCCCGGUAUAUCACAACGGUUAUACAGAGAAUAUUCUACACAGUCAAUCGCUCCUGGUCGGGGAAGAUCACACUAACAGAACUGAGGAAAAGCAACUUCCUGCAAACUCUUGCUCUCUUGGAAGAAGAGGAUGACAUAAAUCAGAUCACAGAUUAUUUCUCCUAUGAGCACUUCUAUGUCAUAUACUGUAAAUUCUGGGAACUGGACACUGAUCAUGAUCUUUACAUCAGCCAGAAGGAUCUGGCUAGGUACAGUGAUCAAGCUUUAUCAAACAGGAUUAUUGAGCGAAUAUUCAGCGGCGCUGUGGUGAGAGGAAAUGAAGUUCAGAAGGAAGGCCGCAUGAGCUAUGCAGAUUUUGUGUGGCUGCUGAUCUCAGAGGAAGACAAAAGGAGUGCUACAAGUAUCGAGUACUGGUUUCGGUGCAUGGACCUGGACGGAGAUGGGGUGCUCUCCAUGUAUGAGCUGGAGUACUUCUACGAGGAGCAGUGUGAGCGCAUGGAGGUGAUGGGCAUAGAACCCCUGCCCUUUCAUGACCUGCUAUGUCAGAUGCUCGACCUUGUUAAGCCGGAGAGGGAUGGAAGAGUAACCCUGAGAGACCUAAAGAGGUGCAGAAUGGCUCAUGUCUUCUUCAACACCUUCUUCAACUUAGAAAAAUAUCUGGACAAUGAGCAGAGGGAUCCCUUUGCAGUGCAAAAGGACAUUGAAAACGACGGCCCCGAGCCCUCCGACUGGGACAGGUACGCUGCCGAAGAGUACGAGAUCCUGGUGGCUGAGGAGUCCGGGACCGAGCAGCUGCAGGAAGGAUCAUUUGAGGAAGACUGUGACGCAGAUGACGUCUUAUCUACCCCUGAAACUGGAGACAAGUCGGACAAACUCGUUAUCGGCGAUCUCUCGGCCUAGAGAAAUGGAAGACGUGUAGUCGGUAUCUGUCAAACUGGAGAGCAAUCAGUCCGAAGACCCUUAAGUGAUUUUUCUUAAAUCCCUCCUUGGAGCAAUGUGCUUUAUUUUGUACACUGUAAUUUGAGAAUCCUUUUCCUCUCCCUGUGUAACUGCAAUAAGGUAAUUUCUAUAAAAAGCUUUUUACAAUGUGUUAUUGUGCACGCUCAUUAAAGAUGGUGAUUGCACCUUGUUUCUUUUAUAUCUUUCCAUACAAACUCAUAUGUCCCCA